AUGGGCAAAUUCGUUCUCAACUACUGGGACAUAAGCUCCUCUGAUGAAGGUUUCGAUGGAGGACCCAACCAUCUCUUCAAACACUUCCUCCCAUCUUCGACCUCUGAAAUUUCCGACUACCUUAACUGUCACUUCGGUUCCUUCCUCUCCAAUCAAACCUCAGACCUCAAAACUCUCCUCCAAUCCCACGCUUACAUCAUCACAACUGGUCACACGGAUAACAUCUUCAUAACAUCAAAGCUCAUCUCUUUCUAUGCUUCUCUGAACAAACCCAAUUCAUCCACUAAAGUAUUCAAUUCAGUUUAUUUUAAAGACCCAUUUCUCUGGAACUCCAUAAUCAAAGCUCACUUCUCUAAUGGACAUUACUCACAAGCCCUUGAAUUUUUUCACGACAUGCGGUUAUCUGAUAUGCUGCCUAACCAAUUUACCAUACCAAUGGUUGUUUCCACUUGUGCCGAGCUUGGGUCGAUAAAAUAUGGCAUGAAAAUUCAUGGGUUUGUUUCAAAAUUUGGAUUUUUGGAGGGUAAUUCCGCAGUUGGGUCUUCAUUUGUGUACAUGUACUCGAAAUUUGGUUCAGUGGACAAUGCACGCCUUAUGUUUNGAGGCCAUAGCCCUGUUUGA